GACUCCUGCAGGCUGAUUUCAGCAGCUCAGCACUCGCAGGUGGAGACGCGCACCGAUCCGGAGCUUCGUCUGAGAGCCGAGCGCGCGCACUCACUCACUCACUCGCCCAAAUUAAUAAAUAAAAUAAUUAAUGCAGCAAGCUCGUGUUCAAACCAACUACAAUGAAAGCAAAUCUGUCGCAGUCAGUCCAAUCCUCAUAUGACUCCCAGUCAUUUAAAAUUUGAUGAGCAGUUUUUGGAGAGCUCCUUGGAUUGAUCCCAGUGUUUUCCAGUCAUGAAGAACAGGAGGGAAUAUGUGGAAUACUGGAGCGCGAUUAUAGUGUCUCUCUUCUGGAUUCACAGCUCUGUCGGGAUGCCCCAUGUCAUACGGAUAGGGGGGAUUUUUGAACAAAUGGAUGGACCUGUGGCGCUCGUCAGCUCCGAGGAACUGGCCUUUAAAUUUGCUGUUAAUAAUAUCAACAGAAACAGGACAUUAUUGCCCAACACAACGUUAACGUACGACAUUCAGAGGAUUAAUAUCUAUGAUAGCUUUGAGGCCUCCAGAAAAGCGUGCGACCAGCUGUCUUUAGGUGUAGUUGCCAUAUUUGGGCCGUCUCACAGCUCCUCAUCGAAUGCUGUACAGUCUAUCUGCAAUGCCCUGGAGGUCCCACACAUUCAAGUGCGAUGGAAACACCACCCGAUGGACAACAGGGAUACAUUUUAUGCCAACCUGUAUCCGGAUUACUCCUCUCUCAGCUACGCUAUCUUAGACCUGGUGCAGUUCCUCAAGUGGAAGACAGCCACCGUGGUUUACGAUGACAGUACAGGUUUAAUCAGACUCCAGGAGUUAAUUAUGGCUCCAUCCAGGUAUAACAUCAGGCUGAAGAUCCGGCAGCUCCCUCUGGACACCACGGACACCAGACCUCUGCUCAAAGAGAUGAAAAGGAGCAGAGAGUUUCGCAUUAUCUUCGACUGCAGCCACAUAAUGGCUGCCCAGAUCCUCAAACAAGCCCAGAUGAUGGGGAUGAUGACAGAGUACUAUCACUACAUCUUCACCACUCUGGAUCUCAUGGCCAUAAACCUGGAGCCGUACCGCUUCUGCGGCGUCAAUAUGACCGGCUUCCGCAUCCUAAACGUGGACAAUCCUCAGGUUGCCUCCAUUGUGGAGAAGUGGUCCCUUGAGAGGCAGAUUCCCCCAAAACCAGACUCCGGUCUCCUGGAAGGGAUCAUGACGACAGAUGCUGCUCUGACGUACGACGCAGUCCACAUCGUGUCGGUUUCUUACCAGCAUGCGCCGCAGAUGACUGUCAACUCAUUGCAGUGUCAUCGCCACAAACCCUGGAGGUUCGGAGGACGCUUCAUGAGUUUCAUUAAAGAGUCUCACUGGGAUGGCCUGACGGGACGGCUGUGCUUCAACAGAACUACAGGUCUGCGCACCGACUUUGAUCUUGACAUUGUGAGUCUUAAAGAGGAUGGCCUUCAAAAGGUGGGGAAGUGGAGUGCAUCUGGAGGGCUGAACAUCACCGAGGUCCCCAGGCAAAACGGCAUGAACAUCACAGACUCGCUUUCCAACCGCUCGCUGGUCAUCACCACCAUCCUGGAGGAGCCAUAUGUCAUGCUUAAGAAGUCUGACAAGGCACUCGUCGGCAAUGACCGCUUUGAGGGCUUCUGUAUUGACCUGCUUAAGGAGUUGGCCAGCAUUCUGGGUUUUUCCUACGAGAUCCACCUUGUGCCAGAUGGAAAGUAUGGGUUUCAAGAUGAUAAAGGCCAGUGGAAUGGGAUGAUAAAGGAACUCAUGGAGCACAGGGCUGACCUUGCUGUGGCUCCUCUCACAAUCACCUUUAUGCGGGAGAAAGCUAUCGACUUCUCCAAGCCUUUCUUGAACACUGGCAUCAGUAUCCUGUACCGCAGACCCAACAGCACCAACUCUGGCUUCUUCUCCUUUCUGAACCCCAUGACCCCUGAUAUCUGGGUCUACAUCCUGUUGGCCUACCUGGGAGUCAGCUGUGUACUCUUCGUCAUCGCCAGGUUCAGCCCGUACGAGUGGUAUGAUGCCCAUCCGUGUAACCCAGGCUCCGAUGUGGUAGAAAACAACUUCACCCUUCUCAACAGCUUCUGGUUUGGCGUGGGCUCCCUCAUGCAGCAAGGUUCAGAACUGAUGCCUAAAGCUCUCUCUACUCGAAUCAUCGGAGGAAUCUGGUGGUUUUUCACCCUCAUCAUCAUCUCCUCCUACACAGCGAAUCUGGCCGCUUUCCUCACUGUAGAGAGGAUGGAUUCGCCCGUGGACUCAGCCGAUGACCUGGCCAAACAGACCAAAAUAGAGUACGGCGUAGUCAAAGAUGGAGCAACCAUGUCCUUCUUCAAGAAAUCAAGGGUGUCUACAUUUGAGAAGAUGUGGGCUUUCAUGAGCAGCAGGCAGAGCACGUCAUUCGUCAAGUCCAUUGAAGAUGGGAUUCAGAGAGUGUUAAAGUCAGACUAUGCCCUGCUAAUGGAGUCAACGACCAUUGAGUAUGUGACACGCAGAAACUGCAAUCUCACACAAGUCGGCGGCAUCAUUGACAGCAAAGGUUACGGAAUCGGCACCCCAAAAGGCUCGCCAUACAGGGACAAAAUCACAAUUGCCAUCCUCAGUAUCCUGGAAGAUGGCCGUCUUCACAUGCUCAAAGAGAAGUGGUGGAGCGGCAGCAGCUGUCUAGAAGAUGAGCGGUAUGAAACGGGUCCCAUGGGCAUCCAGAAUCUGGGCGGCAUCUUCAUUGUGUUGGCAUCUGGUCUGGUGCUGUCAGUGUUUGUGGCUAUAGGAGAGUUCAUCUACAAGCUGCGAAAAAAUGCUGAACGUGAACAGGUCUUUCUGCAGUGCGGUGAUGGAAGAGAUCAAACUGUCGUUCACGUGCGAGAGACGAGUGAAACACAAGCUCCACCGGCAGCCGCCGGCCAUGGUGAAGACGGACGCAGUGAUCAACAUGCACUCCUUCAACGACCGUCGCCUGCCAGGAAAGGACAACAUGAGCUGCAACACCGCGAUGACGCCCGUGUUUCCAUGACUUGCCUGGGCGACGGCCACCUGAGGCACGUCCCCGGCGCCGUGCCGGAGAGCAGGGACUACGGCUCCGAGAUGAUUACGGCAUUCACCAUCAACCGCAGAGACAUCCGACACCAAAUGGCCAGUCAGAACGGUGGCAGUAGCAGCAAACCAGGUAGUGACCACAUCCUCAAACCAAUGUAUCCCACCAUGCCAUUGCGAGAGGGAGGCCGUUCGGUAUCCUUCCUGUGAGAGCGAGCCACGUCUGCGAAACUAUCCGCGCCCGAGUCUGAUGUUUACAAACGGCACUCAAAAGCGAAGCUCACGAUCUGACUCGAAGGAGCCCCCCGAUCAAAACGAAAAUAUAUGUUUCUCAUUGGAACAAAGUGGAAACAUGUGGAAAAGAGGCUUUUUUUGAGCAUGGCAAUAAAUGAAACUACGGACAGACGUGUAUGGAAGUAGUUUUCUUAGAGUAUCAUUUAUAGCACAUCAAGUUCAUUUUGAAGAGUUCUGACGAUUUAUCUUUUGAUUUUGUCGUCUGCGUUUUGGUGGGGACGCAACAAAACAGCGACGUAGGAACAGUUUAGCCAGUGUGACCUGCUAGAAUAGUAGAAAACCCUUAGACUGCAAGUUCCCGAAGGCUACAGAGAGUGUAGCGGCAUCCUUCGCCCACAGAAAUGCACAAACAAACAGGGUUGAUUUCAUUUGAGCCACCUAAACAAAUUGAAAAACGAGUAACAAUUCUGUACGGCAGUUUUGAGCAAGACUUGCAGCCAUUUUGAUUUAUUCGCGCUUCAUACAUUGCCAGCAGAUGUUUUUUACACAGCGAGAUCUAAUGGUAAUGACGGAUAAACACAACAGUUGCCAAAGAUCUGUCGUCCAAAUGGAUUUAGACACUUGAAACGCAGCUUCCCCUACAGACAAGAGAGCGAGUGACACGUUGCCUCCGCUGUGUUUGUUAAAUGAGUUAUUCCUGAGAAUCACAGCCCUCGCAUCAAGAAUACUCACUUCACACGGUACAUACAGAGGAUUCGACACAAACGCAGAGCUUGCCGUAUGGUGGAGAGCUAAUACAAAGGAAACUAAACCAUUUUAAGAUGUACGUGAGUGAGAAUGUCUCUCGCCGUCUAUCUGUUCGACAAGUCGGUGAUGAUUACAGUGGCUUUUUCCAUCUGCAUCUGCGUCGAGACCUUUCAACGUCAACUUGUUUGAAGUACAGAAUUUAUAAGUGGUGUGGCCUUCAUCAAAGCAUUAAUCAGAAAACAUCUGGAUGUUUUUUGAUUAUUAUUUCAUCUUUCAUUCAUGUCAGGUUUUUGGAAAAAAAAAUUUUUGAUUACUAAAAACAAAUUAUGAAGAUCACCCACUCACCUAUUCAUCUACAUUUCUGGAACCAGUAUUAUUUUUUCUUCCCUGAGACACAAAAUGAGAUAUUGGGCAGGAUGUUCAAGCUGCACUUUGACAUACAAUAAAAGCUGAUGGUGAUUUAUACUGCCAAGCUUAAAAAAGGAUAAAAAGCAGCAUAAAAUUAGCCCAAGACAGACACCCAACACACCCCAGACAGAGAGAAAGAUUAUCUCGAAUAAUGAUAAAUGUUUCUCACAGCCAUCAUGUAUUUGCAGAAAACAUGUCAAUGUAUAUCUUAUACAAGUAUGGACUACUUUAGGGCUCAUUUACACCAAGAACAAUAACUAUACUGAAGUCCAUACCAACUGAAAGAUAGCAUUGACAAAAUCAGUAAUGUUUUGUGUGUGGCAAGUUAUGUUGUCUGCCGCUUAAACCACUCAAGCUCUUUAGAUCGUUUUCACACUUGGUUUGAUUGCUUGGUCCAGACCCGAGUUUGAUUGAUCCUACUCCUGCUGCCCAGCUGGAUUGCGUUCACACAGUCAUUUUUGGUUUUGAACCACGGUACUUUUGCGUCAUCAGGGUGGCAAUGAAUCAAUGCUUGAUCGCUUUGUUUUUUGUACUGAUUUUGGCUUUAAAUAAAUGUCAGAAGCAGAAAUGAGAUAUAAAUUCUCUCUCAGGAAAGUGAGGAGUACGCAUACACAGUUUGACCAGUUCAUGAAUCGCUAAUUGUGGCUCGCUUCUGUGAUUUAUUACAAUUAAAUUCACGUCAGAAGCAUACUUACAGAGUUUGCAUUACCCAUACCUCAGACCUUCCUUUUUAGGCAGACUCAGGUACACACCCGAAUUUCAGAAUGCAGCUUUUACGUUAUUCAAACAAACCCGGCAGUGCACAGAAAGUGCUAGUGUGAAAGCCCACUUAAAGUUGAGUGGAUUCUGAUUGGCUGUCAAUGUUUGUAUUGUGGAUCAUCCGACAAAAAAAACGAACAAAAAAAAAGUUCUGAAAGUGAUUCCAAAGGUAUCCAGAUUCCCUAUUCUUAUAGAAUUUGAAUGAUUAUUAAAAUAGAUUUUUGAGUUAAGUGGAUUUUGAAUGCAGCUUCCAAAAGACAAAAAAUAAUGAAUUUUAGUCCAAUAGUAUAUUAUACAGUGCACAGCAUAAAUGAGUACACCCCUUCUAAAAUGUAACCAAUUCAGCAAUUACUCUUAACUUAGAUGAUAUGUUAGGGUUCUUUGGAGAUAUAAUGUUCCAACAAGCCUGCUUGCUCAAUUACCGAAGAAGAAUGUCAAAAUUAUUCAGCAAAAUAAGAUUUUCUUAUCAAAGUGAUAAAAAGUUGCAAAAAUGAGUACACGCUCCUGAAAGUUACUGAUUAAAACAAAGAAAAAUGUGUGUAUAGGUUUUAGGCUAUUUUUGAUCAACAGUUAAAUAUAUUGAACCAAAACUUUUAAAGACAAGUAAUUUCCUGACAAUUAAAAGUGUCAUACUCAGACUUAAUGCUGGCAGCAAUGCAACCACUUAGGAGAAAACUGCCAGGUGACUUGUUGCUUAGCAUAAAAGAGGACAGUGGUACAAGAGGAAUACCAAAUUAUUGUUUUAAGUGUGAAAAUAUAGCAGAAGUAGCACCGACAUUCAAAAACAAUGGACUUGUGACAAGGCUCCUAAAAUAAUCAGGUCUUCACUUUAAGUUUUCAUUUAGUGAUGAGAGAAUUUUCGUUAGAAAAAGAGCAGAAGAAAUACCAUGCAAGUGUUUUAGAGCCGGCAAAAGGUAUGAAAAGAGUGACACUUUAUCUCACAGAGUACAACGCAGCCUGUAAAAAGUGACAUGGAUGGUUGUUGUCACCCCUAGAAUUACCUACUGUAGCCAAAGCACAAUAAACUCAUUUAGCCAUAUUUACAAAAUAUAGACUUCUGGGAAUCCAUACUCUGGUGUCAAGAGACCAAGUCAAUCAUUUCGGAUCCAAAAGCAUCCAAAAUGUUCUAGUGUUGCUAGAGGAGGAGUACAGUGAGCAGUGCCUGGUACCCACAAUGACGUUCAGUGGUAGUAAAGCUCUUAUAUAGUUAUGUGUGAGUGCUGAAGGUGUAAGGGAGUUGUGCUUUAUCAGUGCUGUCAUGAAUUUACACACCACUGUGUGAUGUAAUACAAAAAACUGAAACUUAAGAUGCUACCCUCCCCUCAUUCCCUGCAUUAUUGGGCAUUUUCUCAGCAUGACAAUGAAGAUAUUCAUUCUCCCAAGGUGAAAAUCCUUCAGUGGACAUGUAUUUCACUUAAUAUUAACAUUCUUGAGCAACUGUGGGGGAUUCUGUUGAGACAAGCUGAGCAAAACCCCCCAUUAAAGACCAGGGCAUCAAGGAGGUCGUCCUCCAGGAGUUAAACAGGAUAGAUGUAAACAUUUGUUAUGAAUUUGUACACUCAGUGCCAAGAGGUGACAGAGCAGUAUACUUUAAGUUCUGGAGGACAUACUAAGUACUCAAAUAUUAUACAUUUGAAUAAAAUCUAAGGUGUACUCUUUUCUGCAAUCCUUCAUUUAAACAAAAUUGGCUGAUUUACUGAUCUUAUAUUAUAUUAUAUUAUUGUAUAUAUGUUCUUUGAUAAUGUAAAUCUUUACAUACAUACAAUGUUUUUAUUAAAAUUCACAUUAAAUACAAAGUCAGUCGUAUUAAAAAUAUGUUAUGGCAUGACACCCAUAUCUGGUAUUUAGGUAAAAUAUUUAGGUAAAAAUGUAAAAAAAAGACUUGCCCAUCUCCCAUUGUAGAUCAACUAACAUUAUCAGUAAAGGAGCAAAAUGCAUUUACUUAAACAUAUUUGAGAAUUGAGAUAUUUCAUGAUAUAGUUAACACGUUUGGGAAUAUUUUGAAUAAUCAAAAAAAAAUACAUAAAACAUAAGCCUUUAUCAGUUAUACAGUGCUAUCGUGGCUGCUGUGUAGGCCAAUCACAUGACAUGCAUGAAGAGGGCUUCUCCCCAUCUCACUCCCAUGCCCCCUCAAAAAUACUAAGUGCAUGACGCCUCUAAUCUACACUGUUAAUGGUUGUUUGUGGUGCCUUUGUUGUUGUAUUUGGAGUUUGGCAGUAUGAAUAAUCUCCCGCUUUUGUUGCAUUGAAAAGAGUAACUGAAACAUUCUGGUUAAAACCUCAACCAGAAAAUUAUACACUUUAAAAAUGACAUGAGGGUAAACAGUGACGAAAUGUAAGUGAAUCGGGCCAGUGGCGGUAAAUGCAUCAAUUUAUUUAUUUUCUUCACAUUCUUUAUUCAUAAUAUCAUUCGUAAAUCUUUGUGUGGUUCCAUGUGGUUAUCAUGGGUCAUGUUUUAACACAGUCAUUUAUUUGCGCUUCACUUCGAAGCUUUCUUGGCCUGUUUUGCAGGACUGUUCUCCCCAUGUAUCUGAACCUGGAAUUUUAAAUAAUCGGGACGUCAGGUGUAAGAGGGUAAUGCGGCUUUCACAUUUGCAUACGUCAGUGAAUAAAGAGAGUGAACAAAUGCAGAGACGGCUACAGUAAAUUGCAAUACAAGCGUGUUGAACAUCAAAACUGCAAUACAGAUGUACGGUACUGGACCCUCUCAUCUCUGAGCGUGGCAAAUUUUCAGACGAGCAUUUAGUGACAGUUCUCAUAGGUAGUUGAAUCCAUGUGUCGUCUACAUGUGGAAAAUCCUACUAAGCUACUAAACGUUCUCAUGAUGAGGUGUAGGUGCUAAGAGUCUUCACCCGCUGCUCGCCCGCCCGCGGCAGCUCGACCAAUGACAGACCUCCGUGAGGUCAAUCUAACGGACAGUGUCAAAAACAAAAGCAAAAACAAAAGAAAAAAAAGCAUUUUUGUGUUUUUAUGGUGAAUUAUGUAUCGAUCAGAAUAACUUCAUGUGACUCGAUGUUUCUUUGGUGAAAGCUCAUUGUAUAUGUGUUAUUCAAAUUCUGUGUAAUUUUAACACUCUCUUGCAAAGUAGGGUAUAUAUUAGAUGAACAGAAAAUUACUGUAUUUUGCUAAAUACUGAUGAUUUUUACCUGUAUUUUUUUCCUCAGCUCUUCUCUUCUUAAUAAUUUGUGCAGUGCUGUAUCAAGUGUGGUACAUGCAUAUUGUAAUAUAGAAUCUACUCUCGAGAAACUACACAAAUGGAUUUAAAGAACAAUAAUUUAAAGCCCCAGGCCCCAAUUCCAGCACAUUCAGUUUCAUUAAUAGAAGGAGUUGAUAGGAAAUCUGAGUGAUGUAUGUGAGACCUCCAGAUAUUCUGCAACAUAAUGUAAUCAUAUCAGAUGUAUAUAAAUAAGACAUAUAACAGAAUAUUCAGAGAAGAAUACGCCGUGUCAUUUCUAUCGCUUUCCAUGAACGCCCAUCAUGGAUAUUUGGAUUAUUUAUCUAUUUAUUUUUAUUUUCCUGUUUCUUUUUUUUUUUUUUUUUUUCUCCCACAGUGUUCAGAAGGCUUAGUAGAUUCUGUAGACAUUUCUACAUUGUCUAAUCUAUGUCUGAUCACUUAUUAUUCAACGCAUAUAUAUCAUAGAUAUCAUAGUGCAAAUCUUGUUCACUAAACUGUUUCUUUGACUGGUUGUCUAAUACAGUAUUACAAAACAGACCCCGUAAAGUACAUAAAGGGAGUUAUAUGGUUUAAGAAUAAAGAGACAAGUCAAAAAAGGAAUAGUUCACCAAAAUGAAAGUUAAUUCUCAUUAUUGACUUCAUGAUGUUCAAAAUCUAUUUCAAUAGAACACAAAUGGCGAAUGUUUUUCACAUAACAUUGUGUGAGGAACAGACUAAAGUUUAAUUUAACCAGGUUUCAAAUCUCAUUUUCCAUUCCACAUAUUCAUUUACCAUAAUUCAUGAAUGAAUUACUGUAUGAAUCAGUAAUAACUCAAAUAGAGUUAUCAUGUGACUUUUUUUUUUUUCUUUAACUUAUUAACUCAUUAUAACUGCCUAUUAUACUAAGACCAUUUACCCUGGUAGGUUUAUUUUAUUUUAUUUAUUUUUAUAAUAAUAAUAACAAUAAUAAUAAUAAAUGACACACAUCUGUUGCAAUUUGGUAUCUCUUGCUCCAAAUUAAAUGUUUUUGUUACAACCUUAAUGCAUUGCACAUGAGAAAAUUAGACAAUUCAUAUGAACAUUUUAAUUCAAAUUAUUUAAUUAUGUAUUAAAAAUGUUUAGAAUAUAUAAAGCUUUUAAAUUAUUAUUAUUAUUAUUAUUAUUAUAUAUGUUUUUAAUAUAUACGUUUGUUGUUAAUGCAUAUCAGUUAUUAACUAAAUAAAUAAAAAGCUUUUUUUUUUUUUUUUUGAGACUAGAUCUGUCAGUCUUCCAUACAUACAUGAAUUCUUUCAUAUGAUUGGCUGUCGGGUAAACAUGUCAUACUUUCAGUAUUUGAAUCAUAAAGUGUUCAGUUUGGUUUGACAAAGCUAUUCUGAAACCAAUAGUAGCAACAGACCUCUGCAUUACCUUUAAUACAGUUUUUUGUUUUUUUUUUUUUUGACAAACAUGCUCAUUGCCAGCUUUUCUUGUAAUGGAGAAGAGCUAUGUGAAAAUGUUCAAAAAAAAAAUUAAAAAAAUCACAUGAAGGUUAUGAAGUAAUGCCAGAAUAUUAUUUUUUUGUGAACUAUUCCUUUGCUUUCGAUGAAGAGUUGUCACCUUGUGUGUAGCACAAGGAUGUUGGAAAAUACACAAUGGUAGGUUACAAAAUUCUUAUUGAAUUAGAUUAAAUCAUAUAUUGACACUGUGACACAUUAAUUGUAAUUAAUGACUUAGUAUCGUUUGCAGCAACACAGAGUGAAGACCAUAUGUAUCACACAUGCCUUCACAUCUGAUGAAAGACCAUGAAAUAUUCUUUUCUAUCUGUAUGAAUUGCAUUACACUGAACAUUUACUUUGGAUAUUCAGUCAAUCCAAUUUACGGAGCAUAAACAUCUAUUUUAUAAAAAGAAUAAAGAAACAAUGUGAACAUUGCUGUUUUACAAAAUUGUCUGAAACAGAAAGAAAAAUAAAA